UCCCCUCCGCUCGGCCUGUGGAGCACCAGCUGCGAGGCGGCAACCGGGGAGCUGGGAAACAAGGGACGGGAAACUCUCCAAACCUCUCCGAGCGCGCUCGCCUCUUCUUCUUAACUUUGCUUUAUUCUCUAUACUUCAUCUUGAAAUCCUUCUUUUUUAAACUUUUUUUAAAAAAAAAACCCUCAAAAUGACCGGUGGCCCGCUGACUGGGUUGCUGGUUGCGCUGUGCGUAAGCAGCGCAGUCCACGGCGUGCCAAAGAAGAGCAGGAGGCAGAGUGGCCAAUAUCAGGUGUAUCCUGUGCUCCACGACGCAGCGGCCAUAAGUCCAGUCGGCUGCGAGGAAAACGGUCGCUCCUUCAGGCCGAACGAGGAGUGGGAGAAACCUUACCUUGGCAGUACACUGGUGUGCACCUGCAACGGAGCCGCGGGCAUCAAGUGCAAAUCUAAGCCCGAAGUGGUGGAGUCCUGCUAUGACAAGCACAAUGACCGGACAUACCAGGUCGGUGAAACCUACGAGAGACCAAAGGAAGGAAUGAUGUGGGACUGCACCUGCAUUGGCUCCGGUCGGGGCAAGAUCAGCUGUACCAUCGCUAAUCGUUGCCACGAAGGUGGGAUGUCUUAUAAAAUCGGGGACACUUGGAGGAGGCCUCACGACACCGCUGACCAAAUGCUGGAGUGUGUGUGUCUCGGAAACGGCAAAGGCGAGUGGACCUGCAAACCUGUGGCUGAGCGUUGCUACGACAACAGUGCUGCGUCGUCCUAUGUCGUGGGCGAGACCUGGGAGAAACCGUACCAAGGCUGGAUGAUGCUGGACUGUACCUGUCUCGGAGAGGGAAAUGGACGCAUCACAUGCACCUCAAGGAAUCGUUGCAAUGACCAGGACACCAAGAGGUCCCAUCGUAUCGGAGACACGUGGACAAAGAAUGACGCAAGUGGACAGGUCCUGCAGUGUCUGUGCUUAGGAAACGGCCGCGGGGAAUGGAAGUGUGAAAGACACAACGCAGGCCGGGCCGCGGGAGCCGUUGUUUUGACCCCCACCCACACCGUGUCCCAGAAGCAGCUGGAUCCCCCCAUCGAGGGAACCUGCCGCACGGACUCCGGAGCCACCUACUACGAUGGACAGCGCUGGUUCAGAAGCCAGGGCAGCAAGCAGAUGCUCUGCACCUGUCUGGGCAACGGAGUCAGCUGUCAGGAAUUGGAGGCCAGAAACCAGGUGUACGGUGGUAACUCGAACGGCCAGCCGUGUGAGUUCCCCUUCGUCUUCAUGGGGAAGACCUACUACUCCUGCACCUCGGACGGACGCACCGACGGGCAGCUCUGGUGCUCGACGUCGUCAGACUACAAGAAAGACCAGCAGUACUCUUUCUGCACGGAGAGGAACGCCAUUGUGGUAACGCGAGGCGGGAACUCCAACGGCGCCCUGUGCCACUUCCCCUUCCUCUACAGCGGCCGCAACUACACCGACUGCACCUCUGACGGGCGCCGGGACAGCAUGAGGUGGUGCGGUACCACCUACAACUACGACUCGGAGCAGCGCUUCGGAUUCUGUCCCAUGGCCGCCCACGAGGAGGUAUGCACCACCAACGACGGAGUGAUGCACAGCGUCGGCGACAAGUGGGACAAGCGCCACGACGUCAUGGGUCACAUGAUGGAGUGCACAUGCCAGGGCAACGGCCGCGGGGAGUGGAGCUGCAUUGCUCACUCACAGUUGCGAGAUCAGUGCAUCGUCGACGGCCUUACCUAUGAAGUAAACCAGGAGUUCUCCAAGCGCCACGACGAGGGCUACAUGAUGAACUGCACCUGCUACGGGCAGGGACGCGGACGCUGGAAGUGCGACGCCACCGAUCAGUGCCAGGAGCCACAAACCAAGGCAUUCUUUCAGAUUGGAGAGGCAUGGGACAAAGCGAUCCAUGGCAUCCACUACCGCUGUUAUUGCUACGGCAACGGGGUUGGAGAGCUGAGAUGUGAACCCCAGCAGGCCUACCAAGACGGCCACAGACCGGUCCAGGUGAUCAUCACAGAGGCGGGAAAACAGCCCGACUCCCACCCCAUUCAGUGGAACGCGCCGUCAUCCGUCCACAUUACCCAGUACAUCCUGAAAUGGAGAAUCAAAAAUACUCGAGGCCCCUGGAGGGAGGCCACCAUCCCCGGCAACAUGAACUCCUACACCAUCAGCGGGCUGCGUCCAGGCAUCACGUACGAGGGCCAGCUGAUCAGCAUCCUGCGCUACGGACGCCGCGAGGUCACGCGCUUCGAUUUCACCACCACCCACGGCUCUCUGGAGACAUCGGAGGGAGAGACGACCCAGCCUGCUCGGGUGGUGGACACCUCCGAGUCGGUGACGGAGAUCACCUCAAACAGCUUCGUCGUGUCCUGGACAUCGGCCUCCUCCACCAUCUCUGGCUUCAGGGUGGAGUACGAGCUCAGCGAGGAUGGAGCCAAGCCCAAAGUCCUGGAUGUUCCGCGCACAGCCACAUCUCUCACCAUCGGUGAUCUCCUGCCAGGACGCCGGUACAACGUCAACGUCUACGAGCUCCCGAAUCAGGGACAGCCCAACCUCAUCCUGACGACCUCGCAGACCACGGCUCCUGACAAACCUGACCAUUACGUCGUCGAUGAGGUGGCCGAGUCGUCCAUUCGAAUCCGCUGGUCCAAACCUCAGGCUCCAAUCACUGGUUACCGUGUGGUGUACACGCCGUCAGUGGAAGGCAGCAGCACGGAGCUGACCCUGCCGGACACGGAGACCUCGGUGACCCUGGUCGACCUCCACCCUGGUCUGCUCUACAACAUCAGCAUCUACGCCGUGGAGGAGGAUCAGGAGAGUGAGCCUGUGUUCGCACAGGUCAACACCGCUGGAUCUCCUCUGCCUGAGGAGGUCCCGGCUCCCACAGAUCUGCAGUUUUACGAGGUUUCCGACGCGAAGAUCGCCAUCACCUGGACCGGUCCCCCCAGCGAGGUGACUGGUUACAGGGUCAUCUUCUCCCCCGUCGGCCCUGACGGCACCGAGAUGAGGCCCCUCCAGCUGCCCAUCUCGCCCAACGCAUAUGCUGACAUCACCCACUUGCAGCCGGGCACACUCUACCGAUUCUACAUCUACGCCAUCAGUGGCGGCGGGGAGAGCGUGCCGCUUACGGGAGAAAGGUCUACCAAACCCGACUCGCCCACCAAUGUGCAUUUCACUGACAUCGGCCCCGACAGUGCGUCGGCCACCUGGGAGGCUCCCCGCGCCAUCGUCACUGGCUACCGUCUCUUCCUGAGCAUCGAGGGCUCCAGCCCCAUCGAGAAGAGGAUCCCGGGUCGGGUCACCGAGUACCCGCUGAGGAACCUGCGGCCAGACACCCAGUACACCGCCACCAUGCACUCUGAGCUGGACAACGAGCUCAGUGAGGGCGUCACUACAUAUUUCACCACCGCUCCCCAGAUUGGAAAUGCUCCAGUGUUCAGCACUGAGGUCACUGACGCCUCUAUCAUCAUCACCUGGAUACCUGUCCGCAGGUUCAGUUACAAGCUGUCCGUUCUCCCCAGCCAGGAGGGCGAGUCUCCCAGAGAAGAGACGUCUGACUCUGGACGUAUUAAUAUUCCAGAUCUGAUUUCUGGAAACCAGUACACCUACAGCGUUCAGCCCAUCGUCAAUGGACGCAACCGCGGAAACCCCAUCACCCGCAGCGUCUUCACUUCCUUGUCUCCACCCACUGACCUCAGAGUUGAGUCCAACACGAACACAGGAGAUCUCACUGUCCACUGGGUAGCCUCCAAAACACCAGGCACCACAGGCUACAGGAUGACAAGCACGCCGACCAACGGCCAGCGGGGAAACUCCCUGGAGGAAAUUGUCCGAGCCGAUCAAACCUCAAUCAUCCUAGAUAACAUGAAUCUGGGGGUGGAGUACAACAUCAGCGUCUUCACCACUAAGGGCCACUUGGAAAGUGUGCCCGUGUCCACUAUUGUCACACAAGACAUCCCCACACCGGGUCACAUUGACUUUGUCGACAUUACUGACACCACCGUUGGCCUGCGCUGGAUCCCUCUGAACUAUACGACCGUUACUGGUUACCGGAUAAUGGUAGUAACGUCGGGCGAGAGCUUGCCAAUUUUUCAAGAUAUGGUGGAGGCAUCUGUGGGUUAUUACACGGUCCGUGGCCUGGAGCCGGGCGUGGACUAUGACAUCAGUAUCGCCACUGUUACCGAGGCGGGGGAAAGCGAGCCGACCACACACACAAAGCAAACACGAGCUGCCAUUCCAGCUCCCACCAACCUGCAGUUUGGAGCUGUGGGUGCUGACCACAUCAGGGUGACCUGGACCGUCCCCCACGUUUCCACGCCAAGCGACAUCUCUCGCUUUGUCAUCCGUUACCACCCGGUAGCCACAGAUGAUGACAUUAAGGAGGUGAACGUUGGUGGAGCCACCAACACCUUCCUGCUGCAGAACCUGCUGCCCAACACCGAGUACCGCAUCAGUGUCGUGUGUGUGUACGGUGAACGAGAGAGUGAACCGGCCACAGGCACUCAGAGAACAACUCUGGACUCCCCCACUGGCUUGGACUUCUCCGACAUCAGGACAGACUCCUUCACCGUCCACUGGCUCGCUCCAACUGCUGUCAUCACCGGCUACCGCAUCCGCCAUCAGAUGACGAGCGGCGGGCGGACCAAGGACGAGAGGCUGCCCCCGACCAGGAACCACUUCACCCUGACUGGACUGACGCCAGAGACGGAGUACCUGAUAUAUGUGUAUGCUGUGAGCCACAAUCAGGAGAGUCAGCCGCUAACUGGCACACAGGCCACCAUCUCUGAUGCUCCCACUGAUCUGAAGGCGACAUCGUCCACCCCCACCAGCAUCACCAUUCGCUGGGACGCUCCCUCUGUGCCAGUGAAGGGCUACCGGAUCACCUACAGAGGCACAAGCGGCGAGACUCCUCAAGAAUUCACCAUCCCAGAAUCUCAGACCACCGCCACCCUUACCGGCCUCAAUCCUGAUACCCAGUACACUAUCACGGUCUACGCCGUUACCGGGCGGGGGGACAGCCCCGCCUCCAACACGCCGGUCUACAUCACACACAAGACUGAUAUCGAGUCUCCCACGGACAUGAAAGUGACUGAUGUGAGCGACAAUGCCAUCACGGUGCGCUGGUCUCCCGCUCAGGGACCGAUCAAAGGCUACAGGAUCACCAGUGUACCAAAGAACGGCCUGGGACCCUUCUUCUCUGAGGUGGUGGUACCUGAUCAGACAGAGAUGACUUUUACAGGUCUGAUGCCCACCGUGGAGUAUGUUGUGAGUGUCUACGCCCUGGGCAGCGAUGGACAGCCCUCUUCCCCUGCGGUGGAGAACGCUGUCACUGCUAUGGAUCGCCCCAAGGACCUGACCUUCUCCGACAUUGAGUCCACCUCCAUGCGCAUCACCUGGGACAGCCCCGACGGCACAGUGACGUCGUACCGCGUCCUGUACUCCAGCUCCGAGGAGACUGAGAGGGAGCUGCAUCCUGCGCCCAGAGGUGACCAGGACAGUGUGAUGCUGAGAGGCCUUCGCCCCGGGACAGAGUACACCGUCAAAGUCAUCGCCCUGCAUGGCCGCACACCCAGCAAACCUUUGGUGGGAGCCCAGGCCACAGUCAUCCCCGCUCCGACCAACCUCGUGAUCUCAGAGGUCGCCCCCUCCACCUUCACCGUGUCAUGGCGAGCCCCCAAUGCACGGCUGACAGGCUACCGUGUGGUCGUCAUCCCCAAGAACAUCAACAGCCCAACCAAAGAGAUGAACGUUGCCCCGGACGCCACGCGCGUCGUCGUGCCAGGGCUCAUGGUGGCGACAACAUACAAGAUACAAGUCUACGCUCUGAAGAACUCGGUCUCCAGCAGACCACUGGAGGGAGAGACGACCACACUGGAAGACGUGAGCCCCCCUCGUCGCGUGCGCAUCACUGACGCGAAGGACACGUCGUUCACCCUGCACUGGCGCACCAAGAUCGAAACCAUUACCGGUUUCCUAAUUGAAGCCACGCCUGUCGGUGGCUCGCGCCCCACCAUCAGCAGGACCAUCCCAGGAGAAACACGCACCUACGUUCUCACAGGUCUGCAGCCAAGCACCAUGUACUCUGUGGACAUUUAUACUCUGAAUGGCAACACAAGAAGCGCUCCAUUCAGCCUCACAAUUCAAACAGCUCAACCAGUGGUUCAGACUCCCACCAACCUCCAGUUCACAUCUAUGACCCCCACCUCCAUCUCCUUCACCUGGCAGGCGCCUGCCACACAGAUCACAGGGUACUACAUCACCUACGAGGAGUCGGGUGGAGCGCCACGGGAACUCUUCCCCCGACCCCACGCUGGUCAGAACUACGCCACCGUCUCCGGCCUGAAACCGGCCACCGAAUACGUCAUCAAGAUCAUCGCCAUCCAGAACACGCAGAGGAGCACGCCUCUGGUGGGCAGGAUCAGGACUCAACCAGACUCCUUGCUUAACCUGCCUCUGCUGCACCUGCCCGGAGGUGUUGGCGACAGGCUGGAUGUGCCCGAAACCGACCUGGGCAACAGAGUCCAGGUCGUGGGCACCAAUGGCCAGGAUGGGCUUGGCGGUCAGAGCGGGCAUGUGGAGUACACAGAGUAUAACAACAACAACAACAACGGAGACAACGGGUUUGACGGGAACAGUGGCAGCCCACAGUAUCCCUACGGGCAAGUCCGUGAGCCCCUGGUCUUUGUGCCCCUUCCUGAUGCAGAGGGCCGCAGGUUGCCCAUACUGAAGCUGAACGUGCCCGUCGGCUCCACGUUUGGUAAUGAGACGGGAGGGCCACAGGAGGCCCAAACCCAAACCUCCAUCUCCUGGAAGCCUUACCGCCAGAGCAAUGCCUACCUGGUGUCCUGCCAACCUCUCACACACUUAAAUGAGAAGAUGUUCCAGAUCCGCCUGCCAGACUCAGCCACCACUGCUACCCUGAUAGGACUCACCCCUGGAGCCAACUACAAGGUGCUCGUGGAGGCUCUGAUGGGGGCGCUCAAGCACAAGAUACUGGAGCAGGUCGUCACUGCUGGAAACACAAUCCAAGAGGGAGUGCCCUCCACUGGGGACUCAUGUUAUGAUGCCUUUACUGCAACCCACCACGAGGUCGACGCUGAGUGGGAGCGGAUGUCCGACACAGGCUUCAAGCUCUGGUGCAAGUGCCUGGGCCUGGGAAGUGGCCACUUCAGAUGCGAUUCAUCCAAGUGGUGCCACGACAACGGCGUCAACUAUCGCGUUGGCGAGAAGUGGGACCGCCGCGCCGAAAAUGGUCACCUGAUGAGCUGCAGUUGCCUGGGAAACGGCAAAGGAGAGUUCAAGUGUGAACCACAUGACUCGGUGUGCUAUGAUGAGGGGAAAACUUACCAGGUGGGCACCCAGUGGCAGAAGGAGUACCUGGGCGCCAUCUGCAGCUGCACGUGCUUCGGAGGACAACAGGGCUGGCGAUGCGAGAACUGCCGCAGGCCAGGUGCUGAUGUUGACGCCAGUCUGCUGCAGCCUGUGAGAUAUGGAGACAACACGCUGCACAAAAUGAACAUCCAUUGCCCUAUCGAGUGCCUCCGACCCGAGCUGCUGGCAGACGCACGCGCUCCUCAAAAUCCUCGGGAAUAAAAGUGAUCGGUCGCCUUGAUCAUCCGCUUUGCUUCCUCGCCGUCCAACCGCUGCACUGUCUCACCCUGCGGAAGCCGCACUGUCCGUGACCGGACCGAACCAACUUGCCUGAUCACUUUCUGACACGUUUCGCUAAGGAUGUUAUACCGCCUCGCUGCCUGAUCAAAUCACGAUCCUUUUACCAAUGUUUUUUCUUUCCCUGUCGACAGUUUAAGUCACUGAAUUCAUGCUCUACUGGAAAGGACAAUACACUUUCCUUCCUCAUAUCUGCGCGUGCGCCUUAUUGCAAGACACUUAGGGCUUGCCAGUCAUAUUUAUACACAUGUCAAUCUGGCAUUUGUUUUGCCGUUUAAAAAUUCUGUAACAUUUCUCAAUCAACGAGCAGAAGCUGUCAGAGAGUAAGCACUGUGUAAAAGAACGCCAAAUACAGAUAUUAAUAAUGUUUAAAUUGCCCACGAAAAUGUGCUCCUUUCUCUUUUCUGUAGCCCCUCCUCUGUUCCGGAGGGGUCGCACUGUGUGUGACUGACACAAUCUCAAUCUAAUAUCGUUUUUACUAAUUUAUCCCUUUAAAAACUUCAACGUGUGAAUGUGUGAAACUGGGAUGUGAGAAUUUGAACUGUUCUAUUUUUGUACUUUGUUGUCGGUGCCAAAGUUGUUUCUAUCUUUGACAAAAGGAAAAGAAGUCCCUUGUUUUAAUAAAGCUGGAGAAAUCCUGAAACCCAAA